CGGGGGCUGCUCCCGAUGGGCCCCCGCGGCUCGGCCGCCACCCCUGUCUCGCUCUUCCCUCUCGAGCAUUAACGGCCGCCGAUGUCGUUAAAGGUGUGUGCCCGCGCCUCCCCUCUCCGACAGGGGGAGGAUCCCGCGGGGCCUCUCCCGGGCCCGGCGUCCUUGGGCGGUGUGGUGUGCCGCGUUGGGGGUGUACCCGGCUUCCCCCACCCUCCUGCCGUGCGCGGGUCGGGCCCGAGUUGCCUGUCGAUGCGAGGGGUUCCGCCCGCGGGACCGCCAGCGCACCACGGGGGUGCCGGCGGUGAGAUUCCCGCGCCGCGGUCCCCGGCGGGGGGCUGCCGGCCGCGGACCCGCAGCCGUCGCCCCGUUCCUCUCCCGGUUGCCUCCUCGGGGAACACGCCCUCGGGUUCCCGCGCCACUUCCGCCCGCCGUGUUGGCUUUUGCCCGUGUCGCCCCUGUCUCCGGUCGCUCGAGCGAGCCUCUGACCUCCGUUUCCACGAACCCGGGGCGCGCCUCCCCGGCGUGUCGCUGCCGUUGGGUCCGCUGCGGGUCCCCGUUCCCGUGCCUGUCCCCGCCUGCUCCGCGCCGGCGGCGUCGCGCGGGUGUGUGCCGCGUUGUCGGGUUGGGCGGCGUCCCUCCCCCGGGUGUCAGUGUGUUGGGGUACCCGGUCUUCCCCGGCCGCUGUCGGCGGCCUCGGUCCCCGGGGCCGAGGUCUGCGUGCCGCCCUCCCGUCCCGCGCGCGCCUCGCGUGUGCCCCCGGUCAGCCUGUCCGCGCUUGCCCCGUUGUGUGGUGCUCGGAGGGUCCCGCCUGUCUCGCGGUGGUGGUUGCCUGCCGGCCGGUGGUCGGGGGAAGCGCGUGUCGGGACUGUCACCCCGCCUCUGGGGUGCGUCUCCCGCGCCUCUCCCCCGGGAUCGCCCGCCGCCGGCGUCCCUCGCCCGACCGACCUCGCGGCUCUUCCCGCUGCCGUCUGCUUGGUUGGGGGUGCCGGGUCCCGAUGCCCGCCCUCGCUCGCGCCCCCGCCGUUCGUCGGACGUCCGGGUCCCGGUGAGAGACGGACGGACGCCUGGUGCCCGUGUUCCUCGCUCGCUCCCCCCGGCUUGGAAGGCGGGAAGGGGAAGCUGGAGGAGACUCGUUGGUUCGUUCGCUGGUGGUGCCCGCGGGUGCCCUACGCCGCUUUGCCGGUCUGUCCGCCCGCCCGCGUGUGUAGUCGUGAGGCCCGGAGGUGAGGGGGUGGGCCACGUCCGUCGCUCGCCCGUGCUCUCUCUCUCUCCCGUG